AUGGAUAACCAAGAUAAUUUGUAUGCUACUAGUGACCUUCGACCUCUGACCCCACACGUGCAAGGUUCAGGAGUCGAAGUCGAUCCUGGGUGUUCUUCCGAAACACAACCAGGUUUUCUUCAUACGCAUUCGUCGUUAGAUUUAUUGAAUGUACGAAGAGAUUUAAACGAAUUGACUGGACUUUUUAAAGAGUUCGUUAAUUAUAAUAUAGGCAGGGAUAAAGAGCGGAGUUCUUCCUGCACAGCUGUAAGACCUGACCAGCAUUCACCAACUCGUCGCAAGAGGUCUUAUGAUGAAAUGUCUGUAUGUCAGACCCAUAAUUCAUUUGAGCACGAUUCUGUGUCUCACACAAAAUGUUAUCCGGAAGCUUUUUCUUCCGUUGAAAAUCAGGAUGCUAUAUCAUCCAAACGUUCAAAGCGAGUGGAUAUUGACUCGUUGUUUCAUGCGCCUUCCACAGUGAAUUCUGAGGCAUCUGUCCCAGAUCUUAACAUGGAAGAAGAAGUCUUGGACUUUGUUGAUAAUGAGUUAUCCGAGGCAGUUUUAGACAAAAAAGGCAAGGGUCUUUCCUCUGAUAAGCUGGCCUCAAAAAUUGAGGAACAGUGGAAAAAUCCCAGCAGAAAAGCAGUUGCUCAGGUUUUUAAGAGGCACAAGCACCCUCUUAACCUUGAGAGUAUUUCUGUUCCAGCUAUGCCAAAGUUGAUAAUGAAAAUGCCUUCAUUUAAGGAUUCUGUUUUGGCUAGGGAGAGGAAAUUAUAUGAUGUUCACCAUUCUGUUGCUAAAUCCUCCCACAUCAUUUCAACUUUGGCUGAUGAUUUACUUCUUGCAGAAAAGAAUCAUAGCCUUAUUGACACAAAGGCUAUUGUUUUGAAAGCCUUUGAUGCACUAUCUGUUCUCUCUAAUGCCAGUGUCAAUAUCUCAAAUUUACGAAGGCUUAAUAUAAGACCUAUUCUUAACAAGGAUGUACAGGGACUAUGUGACCCUACUCGUGAAGUCUCAAACCAUUUGUUUGGAGACGACAUUGAAAAACGCCUGAAGCAAGAAAGGGAGUCUAAACGUCUUGCCUCUGCUGCUACUCAACCGAUGCCUCAGUCUACUAGGUAUAGACAACAUGAUAGGCAGAUACCAGUGUUUAAUAGGCGAACACAGCACUCUUUUUAUAAUGGCCCUACUCAGCAGUCUUUUUUAGAGAAAGGCCAGAAGUCUCGUCCAUAUCGGCGGAAGCAGAAGCCCUACAAGGGAUAAAUCAAGCAUCUAAUGUUACUGCCAAACCGUCCACAAGCUGUGCACCCACUACAGAAGUCUCUGCAACUGCUAGCUGGCAUGAUAUCUGGAACAAAAGAUUACCAAUAGGACAGAGAGACCAAACAUUUGCUGCUAUUGACAUCAGACUUAUGGAUGUUUCUGAUGACAGAGUUGUUUGUUAUAUUGAUCAAGUUCUCAAAACAACUAGACCUGGUUUUCAUCAGUCACCUCUUGAUUUCCGUGCAUUCCCUGAUAGCAAGGCUAUUUGUCCUGUAUUUAACACACAGCAGUACUUGUUUAGAUCAUUCUCUCUACGUGGUCCGAGAGUGAAAUUGUUUGUGAGUUAUAAAUCUCCUCAUCAAUCUGUUUGCACCUCGACCAUUUCACGUUGGGUGAGAACCACUUUGCAAUUGGCAGGAAUUGAUAUUAAUGUAUUUACCUCUCACUCUACUAGGGCUGCAUCAACAUCCAAGGCACGAAGUAUUGGCCUAUCGCUAACAGCUAUAAACAAAGCUGCAGGAUGGUCGAAUUCGAGUACUUUUGGACGUUUUUAUAAUAAGACAAUUCAUGAAAGUAACUUUGGUAGUAGCAUUUUAGCCAAUUUUGAUUGUUAAUAUUGAUUAUUUGUGUGCGUACAA